AUGAGUCAACUAAAUCAAGAAAGAUCUCAAGUUGAUAAUUUACGAGUUAAAAAUAAGGCUCUUGAGACAAGAAUUCAAAAUAUUCAAGAUGAAAUGGAGACAAAAAUAAAAGAACUAAAAAGGGAACAUUGUGAAAAUAUUCAGAAACUUCAAAAAGAACAUCAAGCUGAAAUUGAAUUGAUGUGUAUAAAUAAUCCUGAUCGGAAAGCAGUUGAGUCAAUGGUUGUUGACCAGGAGACGUUAAAACAUCAAGUCAUGAAUUUGUUAAGUGAAAUUAAAGAAGCCCAAGAUGAAAGAAAAUCUGCUGAAGAGAUGAUGGCCAAUAAAACAAGUCGGUGUAGACAACUUGAAGAAACCAACAUUCGUUUACAGAUGGAAAUGGACAGACAACGUAAACAGGAUGCUGAAUUGAUUCAAACUCUACAAUAUAGUAUCCAAAAUUAUGAAAGUAAAUUAUCAACUGAGAUUGAACAAACACAAAUCAAACAGGAACAAAACAGAAAACUCCGAGAAUCAUUUUCUCAAUUAGUGGAUGAUUACAAAGAAAUGUUGGAACUUAAUCAUCAGCUUGAACAAGAGUUGAAGAAUAAUUCUCAUGAGAAGCUGAUGGGCCAAAUUGAUCAUUUGACAGCUCAAUUAAUUGCUGCUGAAGAAUCAAUCAAUCUAAAAAAUCAGACAAUUGAAAAUUUGCAGGAAAAAUUAAAAAAGUGCACUGCUGAAAAUGACGACAUACCAUUAUUACGUGCUCAGGCUGAUAUUUACAAGGUUGAUUUUAAUGCCGAAAGAGCUGCACGUGAGAAAGAACAUCAAGAAACACAGAAAUUAAAAGAAGACCUUCAGAAUUUGCAGCUUCAGAAUCGUGAACUUUUGGAUCAGUUAGAAGCACUGUCCCGAGACCAGUUAUCUGAAAUGCGACAACGAGUCUAUCCCCGAUAUAAUGCCGGUGCCUAUGGCAGAAAUCCCUACGGUCAUGGUACAUUUUCGCCUGACCCAAGAUCCUCCACAUCAGGAUAUUACAUGCCUUCAUCCAUAUCAGCGGCUGCAAGUGAAGCCAGACAACAUGAAGAAGAAGCUGAUGCCUUUGCCUGUCCACUUUGUACAGGAACAUUUCCAGAUCAGGAUUCAUUAAAAUUACAUGUGGCCGAACACAUUUGA